AUGUCACGCUUUAGUAAGGGCAAGCGCCUACCUGGCGCCGAAUUCACUUGGGAUGCAGAUCCUGGUGGUGUACCAGACACAGCUCCUACUCCCCUCUACCCAGCAUAUACUGUCCCGUGGACCCGAAAGCUGUCAUCUAAAGAACAAAAAGAGGUCGAUCACUACCGACACCACCGUGAACGCGAUCAAGAAGGCCCCCACUACUCGGUGCUCGAUUCCUCCUCUUCAUCGGCUAGGAAGGGUACAGCUGCGCGCGUGAAUUUCGAUCCUUUCACCGGCAUGCCGUCUUAUGCCGGACGAUACCAAAAAAAGCGGCGGACGCUGCCACAUAUUGAUCCUACUGGAGGACCAUACGAAUUUAUUAUGAAAUACUUCCCUCGAGAACUUUGGCAAACGAUCCAACCCAGCUUCCGACCAGAUGUCGACAUGGAUGGGUACAAACCUAUGGCAGGCAGUGCCGGUAUGAAGCGUGGAUUUGAGGACGAAGAAGAUGACGGCGACGAGGAGUCGAAAAAGAAGCGUGCGAAUGGUGAGGGAGAUGAGGAGGGAGACGGUGACGAGGAGGGAGAUAUUCUUGACGAGGAUGAAGGACAAGAAGAAUGGGAAGAGGAGAAUGACUUUGAGGAUGAUGAGGAUGAGAUGGGCGGUGAUUACAAUGCAGAGCAGUACUUCGAUGGUGGUGAUGAUGAUUAUGGAGACGAGGAUGGUGGAGAUGGUGGUGGUGAGGAUGUGCUCUAA